AUGGAAAGCAUACCGAAUGAUGGGAAACCCAUUGGGGAAUUGAUGUUUAGAAACAUUUUGAUGUCAGGGUACCUGAAAAAUUCUGAAAUUACCCAAAAAGCUUUUAGGGGUGGAUGGAAUCACACAAGAGACCUUAGUGUUAGGCAUCAAAACGGAUUAGGAUUUAGUGUGGAUCACGGUUAUGGGAUGACGGAAGCCCUUGGUCCAGCAAUUGUUAAGCCAUGGAAACCUGAAUUGGAUUCUACAUUCGGAAGUGAAAAAGAAAAAAUUAGAAACCGCAAAGGAUUGCAUAACCUUUUGAUUGAAGGCGUUGAUGUGAAGGAUCCGAACACCAUGGAAAGCAUACCGAAUGAUAGGAAACCUAUUGGGGAAUUGAUGUUUAGAAACAUUUUGAUGUCAGGUGUGGAUCACGGUUAUGGGAUGACGGAAGCCCUUGGUCCAGCAAUUGUUAAGCCAUGGAUACCUGAAUUGGAUUCUACAUUCGGAAGUGAAAAAGAAAAAAUUAGAAACCGCGAAGGAUUGCGUAACCUUUUGAUUGAAGGGGUUGAUGUGAAGGAUCCGAACACCAUGAAAAGCGUACCAAAUGAUAGGAAACCCAUGAUGUUUAGAAAUAUUUUGAUGUCAAGUACUUGA